AUGGCGUCGGUGGAGACGGACAGCAGCAUGGGCAGCGUGCCGCAGUCGGUGCUGCUGCAGGCCAAGAAGGAUCUGGACGAGGACGCCGAACCUUACAACGCGCCGCAGUUCCAGCACCUCGAGUCUGGGGAGACACACGAGCGGUAUAUCACCGAGCAGGCGGCGUCAAACCUCAAUGCGAUCGACGACGUGCCUGAGAGCGGCGCGCCUGCGACAGUACAAGAGUCGGCAGAUGUGGAUGGCGAGUCCAACGUCCCCGAGUCUGGCGAGCCAUCAUUGCAGACCCCAGAGUCUAUGAAGAAGAGGCGCAUACCGCGAUUGUCACCCUCAAAGAGUGCACCCACAGCCGAGAUGGAGGCUAUGAUACAAUCGAGUCCGUCGCAGGACGCCUUCGUGCAGCUGACCAAAGCCAAGUCCUUCCAUGGAGGUAUGGCACCAGAGGAUACACAGCCAUUCGACUCCCAGCUGUACACGGAGUCAAUGGUCGCGCGAUCGAACAUAUCACAUCACGCCACGCCGCAGAAGCCUCCAGUGCCUAUCGCCGCGACGCCGAAGACCCACGAGACACUGCUGGACACGUCGCCAAAUACCUACAACACUAUUGGCUCCGUCAUCAGUAAGACGCAACACACGCUACAAGAGGGUCAGACAGGCUAUGUCGAUCUGCAGUGGAACACCCAGCAGCAGUCGCCUGUCACGUCCACCCAGGAUUUCGAGGAACUGUUGGAAUCACAAAACCCCGAGACACAAAUCGAGGCACCGGCAAGACCGACAAUGCCUGAAACGCCCGCGCUUGCGGGGCAGAAGCGCAAGGCUGAGGACGAGAUACCUACAUCAGCCAUCACACUGAAGAAGACACCGCACUAUUCGCAGGCUUUUGGGUUCAGUGCCUCGAAGCCGCCGAUGAUGACAAACACUCAGCUGUUCCAGGAUCAAUCGUCGCCAUUACCAGAUGGUCCACGUUCAGAUCCGAUAGCCUCGCGACCGUCGCCCACAUCGAACGAGCUUAACCUAACCUCCUCGCCCGCUCGACAAUUUGUUUCAUCACCCGCUCUACUCAAAGAGACUAGGCCGCGAUCAGCUCCAGGUGAGCCGAGAGAUACUUACACAAGCAUGAAAGAGUCUCAAGAGCGGCGGAGAUUGAAGAUGGAAGCUCGUAGACAAGCGCAGCGGGAGGCACGAGGAGAAACCCUCUCAGACGAUGACGAGUUUGAAGACUCUGAAGAUCGUAGGCUGCACAUUAGGAAUAUGCGCCGAGCCUUCAGUGAGCAAGCCAAGCAAGAUGCAGCGCGGCUGGGAACGUCAUAUCCAGCGCGAUCACGACCCUCUCCCAGCAAGAAGCCCAAUGCAAUGAUCGAUCUGGUGACACCAGGAACAAUUCAGCGAGGCAAGCGAAUUAGCUUCGAGGAUAUAUCAGAUGACGAGCUCGCAGCUGAGGAGGAUGCGCCUGAGCCUGAGCCUGAGCCUGAGCCUGAAGAAGAGCAGCACGAUGAGGGUCUGCCCGAGAGCCCUCGACACGAUGAGGAGUUCGAGGAACACGCUGACGAUGCCACCGAGAACGACGAGUACGAUGAGCUUGGUCAAGCUGUGCUUAAGAGUCAGGGCAAUGACCACGAUGAGGAAGACGACCACCAGUCAAUCGCAGAAAGUGAGGGCCUGAACCAGUCAGAACUGGAAGCCGAGCAAGCCAUUACAGUGAACGAUGGCAAUGGUACCCAGCUUGGGAACAAUGUGACAGAGGGCACUCAGCAGUCUACGAUUGCAGAUUCUCAACCUGCAGUCGAAGACAGACACAGUCAGGGCAUCCGACAGAUUGUCCAGUCCUCCACGUCAUCAUUCGUUCCUGGGUCCCAUUACCAUCAGGGCAAGACUAGCGAGGAGCAAGCGACAGCAUCGUCACAACGCAUGGCGCCACCAACAAUACCCGCGUCCCAGGCUAAUGCUGAGCGACCAUUUGAUAUUGUUCGAGUGCCUAGUAGUCCACCUAGGUUUACUGCUGAUAGCACACUGUCCAACGGCACUGGCGAGGCGUCUGUACAGUAUCAGGAGUUGCGUGAGAAGUUUCAGAACGGAUGCGAGUCGACAAACGAAGAGUCAACUGAGCAAGAAAUCCCCGAAAGUGAUCUGCCUGACGCUGAGCAAGAGAGACCUCGGACGGCCCUCGAGGAAUCAGAAGACGAGGAGACUCAAGAGACUGGCAACGGUGCUCCUUAUUCUACCGCCCGAACUCACGUCUCAGCUUCUGCACGCUCGCCUGCUGCGAAGAGCUCGGCCGCGCCAUCCCCUGCGAAAGUGUUCGCAAGUCAACAGAGCAGGCGUACAGAUGAUUCACCUCGAAAGCGUGCUGGAGUACGCCGCUUUAGCUCAAUGGCCACAGAUGCUACCAGCGCAGUUGGCAGCUUCGACGCGAUGGCUGAUGUCGAUGAUGUCUUUGAGAAGGUCAUGACCGACGAAGACCGCGCGGUCCUCAAUGUGACUUCGGACCCACUGGAAGAACCGGCGAGGCAGUAUAAGCGCCGUAAGAUCGCACGAGAGCAACCUUUCGACCUUGUCUCUUCUGAGGCCGCUCCUCCGGUGCCCGUGGUCCCUGACACUGUGGAAGAGGAAGGUUCUCACCAGUCUGUCCCUCCUGAUGUCACCGCUGAGGAUGCCGAAGACGAGGAUGAGCUCUCGCGUCCUGAGCCGACUCCGAAAGCCCUUCGAAACAGCCCCAGCAAAGCAAACGAGGCACCGGCUGUGCCGAUAGUGACUGAGCUUAAAGCACAAUCGUACAGCUCAGAGAGUAUGCUCGCUCGUGAGAAAGCCGGCUCCGAUGCUGUAUCGCAACUUGUAAAGACCAGACCAGUCAUCGAUUCGACUAAGAAGAAGACCUACGGUCGGGCGUCCAGACGGAAGUCGAGUAGGUCAGAGGUGGUCGCACCAAGCAGAACUUCUACCAGCAGCAAGCGAGCACCAGUCAAGAAUUAUGCCGAAGAAGACGACUCUGAACAUGACGAGCUGGAACACGAACAGGUCCAAGAGGAAGAGACGAAUGAUGACGAGCAGGCAGUGCAAGCCGACAUCACAACCAUCGCCGAGAAUGAAGGCGACGAUUUCCACGACGCAGAUCACUUUUCAGACGAUCCGCUGCAUAGCGAACAGCACGGCCAAGCAGAAGCUGGCGACAAGACUAUAGUGGCGCCCAAGCGGAUCUUUGCGUGGUUUAAAGGCAGCUACAACGGCUUCUAUCCUGCGACGUGGCUUGGCGUGUCUCCAGAUGGGACCACUUACAGCCUGAAAUUUGACGACGAAACAGUGACGAGCAUCGAGACUCAGCACGUCCGCAGUCUUGACAUUCAGAUUGGCGAGACCGUCAGAGUAGACAAAGCUGGCCUUCGGAACAAGCAGUGGAUCGUCACUGGAUUCGGACCUGCACCUGCAUCACGAGAGGAGCGUGCUUUGGUCACAGACAUUUAUGGAAACAUCAGGGUCCAGGUGCAGGCCAAGGCAAGUCGCAACAGCAUGUCAAAGGACGCUCCUGCGCCGUCUGAUGAUGCCGUCGAGACACAUACGGUACUGAUUAGUGAGCUGUACUUCAAUAUGUCGAUGUGGGCGAACUUUAAGGGUCGAAACUUCGAUCCGACCUUGGUCAAGACGAAAAAUAAGGCUGAGCAGCCGCAGGCACGCGCUAAUACGCCUUCAACACGAGCGGGUACACCAAGUACGGACACCCCAGCUUCGAGGUCGCGGCGCCCUGUAGCAUCAGCCAAGGUCAGGACAUCAACAAGCAGAACAUCGCAUCUACGUGAAGGCUCGGUGGCAUCGUCGACCAGCGACAUGCCCACUGCCAUCUUCAGCAACAUGGCGUUCGCUGUCUCAUACGUCUCGAACGAUACCGAAAAGGGUAGCAUCACACGUACGAUCCGGCGCAAUGGCGGUCUCGUGCUCGACGAUGGCUUUGAGCAGUUAUUUGAGCUUCCCACUAUUGGUGAGGCAGCUUCGAUUUCGCCUAAGAAGAAAACCCCGAAGAAAGGCAUAGACCAAGACCAAUCUGGGCUGCGUCUCAAGGAUGAAUACAAGGACAUUGGCUUCGUGGCUGUCAUUGCCGACAAGCACAGCAGACGAGCCAAGUACAUGCAAGCUCUCGCACUGGGCUUGCCGACUAUAUCUGGUCGCUGGAUUGCACACUCGAUGGAUGCCUCGAAGAAUGCAACUCUUGCCGAGGGCCAGCCUAAUCCAGUUCCUUGGGAUAGAUACCUGCUUCCUGCAGGUGAAAGCAGCUAUCUGGGUGGUGCGGUGCGAUCACGCCCACUCGACACCUACGAUGCCACCGAAGCUCGGGCGGGCAACAUCAUCCCAGCGCGAUCGCUGUUGCUUAACGGAGACACUGUGCUUAUUGUAGCACCGAAGAAAGGCAAGUCUGGCUGGGAGAAGCGCAAGACGUAUGCCUUCCUGACUCUCGCCCUCGGCGCGGGUAAGGUCCAGCGUGUCAAUGACCUGCAGGAGGCGAAGGCUGCCGUACAAGCCGAUCCCGAAAGCACCAUCUGGGUGUAUGUGGACGGUGCCAUUGCUGAAGCUGAGAGAGCGCUUUUUGGCGGUAAAGCAGCUUCCGGCAAGAAACGCAAGAGAGGCAGCGAUGCUGCUGGGGGCGGGGAAAAGAAGCACUCCGUCACAAGCGGAAAUGUGCGAAUUGUGGAUGACGAGUUCGUUGUCCAGAGUUUGAUUCUGGGUGCUCUGAUCGACUGA